UUCGAAACUCCGAAGGUGGCCCAAAAGUAUUAGACGACCCAAACCAGAAGCAAACGCAGGCACUCAUCCACCCCAGCUUUACCAUCGUCUUCCUCUUUGCUCAUCUCUCCUUCCCUGAUAAAGAUUAACAAUGGCGACUGCGGCCAUCUGAGAACGGAACUAACCGGCGAAUAAUGCGAAAUUGACCGCCGAAACAUGGGUAACAAGAUUGCUCGUACGACCCAAGUCUCGGCUUCCGAGUACUACCUCCACGACCUUCCUUCUUCCUACAAUUUAGUCCUCAAGGAGGUUCUAGGGCGUGGUCGCUUCCUCAAGUCGAUUCUCUGCAAGCAUGACGAGGGUUUGGUACUCGUCAAGGUAUAUUUCAAGCGUGGCGACAAUAUCGAUCUUCGGGAGUACGAACGCCGUCUCUUUCACAUCAAGGAGACAUUACGUGGCCUUGAAUUCCCUCACGUCUGGCCAUUUCAGUUCUGGCAAGAAACUGAUAAAGCAGCCUAUCUUUUGAGGCAAUACUUCUUCAAUAACCUGCAUGAUCGAUUAAGUACGCGUCCUUUUCUGAGUCUCGUAGAGAAGAGAUGGUUGGCCUUUCAGCUACUUCUUGCCGUGAAACAAUGCCAUGAGAAAGGAGUUUGCCACGGUGAUAUUAAGUGCGAGAAUGUUCUUGUCACUUCCUGGAACUGGCUUUACCUUGUGGACUUUGCAUCAUUCAAACCAACUUACAUUCCCUAUGAUGACCCUUCUGAUUUCUCGUUUUUCUUUGAUACCGGAGGAAGAAGGCUUUGUUAUCUUGCUCCCGAGAGAUUUUAUGAGCAUGGAGGCGAGAUGCAGGUCGCACAAGAUGCACCUUUAAGGCCUUCUAUGGACAUCUUUGCUGUAGGGUGUGUAAUUGCAGAGCUUUUUCUUGAGGGUCAGCCACUAUUUGAACUCUCUCAACUUCUUGCUUAUCGCAGAGGGCAAUAUGAUCCCAGUCAACUUCUUGAAAAGAUCCCUGAUUCUGGAAUCCGCAAAAUGAUUCUUCAUAUGAUUCAGUUGGAACCAGAGUCACGACUUUCUGCUGCUAACUAUCUGCAGGAUUAUAUGACCAUUGUGUUUCCAAGCUAUUUCUCUCCGUUUCUGCAUAACUUCUUCUGCUUCUGGAAUCCUCUUAAUUCUGAUAUGAGGGUUGUUCUGUGCCAAAGCUUUUUCCAUGAGAUUCUGAAGCAAAUGAUGAGCACUAGGUCUACUGAAGGGAAUGGUACAGGACUGGCUAUGAUUCCAAAAGAAAACACUGAAAGUGGUAUACAAUCUGAAGAGAUGAUUGCAAAGCAGAACCCAACUUUGGAAAAGGAAUCGUCCUUAAAGAGGGAUGAAAUAGAUAAAGGUUUAAAUAGUGAACAUAUUGAAACUCUUGGUGAUAUCAAUUCCCUGCUGAGAGAUGUAAAAAAAAGUAAUCACUAUUCUGGUAAUAAGCCUAUCCUUGAAGAUGUUCAUAGUUCUGAACUUUCCCAAAAUUUUAGGAACUACGGCAUGCAAUCUCCUGGUGAGCUACUUCAAACCAUUUCCAGUGCAUUCAGGAGAAAUGAUCACCCCUUUAUGAAAAAGAUUACGUUGAAUGAUUUGAAUUUGUUAAUGUCCAAGCAUGACAGCCAGACAGAUACCUUUGAUGUGCCUUUUUUGCCACUUCCCGAAGAUGGUAUGACAUGUGAGGGCAUGGUUUUAAUUACCUCUCUUCUAUGUUCCUGCAUACGCAAUGUCAAGUUACCACAUUUAAGGAGGAGGGCAAUACUCUUUCUUAAGUGCUCUGCAUUAUACAUUGAUGAUGAGGAUCGCUUGCAACGAGUGCUUCCAUAUGUUAUUGCAAUGCUUUCUGAUUCAGCAGCAAUUGUACGUUGUGCAGCCUUGGAAACUUUGUGUGACAUCCUGCCUUUAGUCCGAGAUUUUCCUCCUAGUGAUGCGAAAAUAUUUCCUGAAUACAUUCUUCCCAUGCUUUCCAUGCUUCCUGAUGACCCAGAGGAAAGCGUGAGAAUAUGUUAUGCAAGCAAUAUUGCUCAAUUAGCACUAACGGCUUAUGGUUUCUUAAUUCAUUCAAUAAGCUUGAGUGAGGCUGGGGUUCUUGAUGAACAGAAGCCAAUUCAAUCAUCUAGUAGAUCUUCUGGUCGUCUACAGAGGGCUAACAGUGAUGCACAACUUGCCCAAUUAAGGAAGUCUAUAGCUGAGGUUGUUCAAGAACUUGUUAUGGGUCCAAAGCAAACUCCAAAUAUCAGGAGAGCACUCCUUCAGGACAUUAGCAACCUAUGCUGCUUCUUUGGCCAGAGACAGAGUAAUGAUUUUCUCUUACCUAUCCUCCCUGCUUUUCUAAAUGACCGGGAUGAACAACUAAGAACAGUAUUUUACGGACAAAUUGUGUAUGUCUGCUUCUUUGUGGGUCAAAGAAGUGUAGAGGAGUAUCUUUUACCUUACAUUGAGCAGGCUUUAAUUGAUACUACGGAGGCUGUCAUUGUCAAUGCAUUGGAUUGUUUGGCCAUUCUAUGCAAAAGCAGUUUUCUAAGGAAGAGGAUACUCCUCGAAAUGAUAGAGCGUGCCUUUCCAUUGAUAUGUUAUCCUAGUCAAUGGGUACGAAGGUUAGCUGUCACUUUCAUUGGUGCUAGUAGUGAAAGUUUAGGUGCAGUAGAUUCUUAUGUCUUCCUUGCCCCUGUUAUCCGGCCAUUCCUGCGGAGACAACCAUCAUCACUAGCUUCUGAAAAAGCUCUACUUUCAUGUUUAAAGCCCCCAGUCUCAAGACAGAUAUUUUACCAAGUCUUAGAAAAUGCCAGGAGUUCAGACAUGCUUGAAAGACAAAGAAAGAUAUGGUACAAUUCAUCACCACAAUCAAAACAAUGGGAAACUUUGGAUUUACUUCAGAAAGUGGUUGCUGAUUUUAAUCCUGCAAAGAGUUGGCCUGACAAGCAACAAAAUUAUGAAAGCUCAAUGCCUGCAUUCAAUUCGAUGCAACAAGCUGAGCGGAGUGAAUAUGAUGAUGGUGAGGCUAAGUUGAGAACUAUGGGAAGCUUAAUACACAAUUCUUCUAGUGCUGUUGAACUUUAUGAUCCCUUGAGUUCUGAAAAGUUGCAAUUCUCAGGUUUUAUGAUGCCACAAGGAAGUGGUGUGAAUAGUUUUAUGGGAGAUAAACCAUCAGAAGGAAUACCCUUGUACUCCUUUAGCAUGGACAAACGGGCAGCGGGAAAUCCUUCUGCAGCAUCUGAUUCUCUGUUACAAGUGAACUCUGGUGGAUUUGGUGCAUCGUCCUUGCCUUGGAUGGAUCCUUCAAAUAAAUCAUUUAGCUUGGCUAGUUCAGUUCCGGCACCUAAGCUUGUGUCAGGUUCUUUCAGCAUAAGCAGUGGAUCUAAACAGUUCUACAGAGUUGUACAUGAACCAGAUGGCCGGGAAAAUGAUCAAACAUCAUAUGUCAGUACCAAGUUUCAAGAUAUGGGAUUAUCUAGUUCUGCAAAAGGAGGUUCUGUUCCCUUGGAAGUUGCCUCCUCCCAAACUGAACUAACAGGAUUGCCAUCUUUUACACGAACAUCAUCAAUUUCAGAUUCAGGGUGGAGGCCUCGUGGGGUAUUGGUUGCUCACCUUCAGGAGCAUCGCUCUGCUGUCAAUGACCUAGCUAUUUCAACUGAUCAUAGUUUUUUUGUGAGUGCAUCUGAUGAUUCUACGGUCAAGGUAUGGGAUUCAAGGAAGUUGGAGAAGGACAUUUCAUUCAGGUCAAGGUUAACUUAUCACCUAGAGGGAAGCCGGGCCCUAUGUGCCACAAUGCUCCGGGGUUCUGCUCAAGUUGUAGUAGGAGCAUGUGAUGGUAUGAUCCAUAUAUUUUCUGUUGAUUACAUCACCAGGGGUCUUGGUAAUGUUGUUGAGAAAUAUUCUGGUAUUGCCGAUAUCAAAAAGAAGGAUAUCAAGGAAGGUGCCAUACUUAGCCUUUUGAACCACUCCACUGAUAACACAGCAAGUCAGACAGUUAUGUACAGCACCCAAAAUUGCGGGAUCCAUCUUUGGGAUACAAGAACAAGUUCAAAUUCCUGGACUUUAAACUCAGUUCCUGAAAAUGGCUAUGUAUCUUCUUUGGUCACAGGUCCUUGUGGUAAUUGGUUUGUCUCAGGAUCUUCAAGGGGUGAACUUACUCUUUGGGAUCUUAGAUUCUUGAUACCUGUGAACUCUUGGCAGUACCCUCUUGUGUGCCCUAUUGAGAAGAUGUGCCUUUUUGUUCCUCCUCCAAAUGCAUCUACAUCUACUGCUGUAAGGCCCCUUGUCUAUGUUGCUGCAGGUUGCAACGAAGUUUCCCUUUGGAAUGCAGAGGAUGGAAUUUGCCACCAGGUCUUGAAGGUAGCAAACUACGACAGCGAUGCUGAAAUGUCAGACAUUCUUUGGGCCUUGGGCAAACCACUAAGUCGGGGAAAUUCUAAACCGGACGUGAGGCGUAAUGUCAACCCCAAGUACAGAGUUAAUGAAUUGCAAGAACCCCCACCACGUCUUCCUGGUAUUCGUUCACUGAUUCCCUUACCUGGGGGUGAUUUGUUAACUGGGGGUACUGACUUGAAGAUUCGUCGAUGGGAUCAUUGCAGUCCUGAUCGAAGUUACUCUGUAUGUGGGCCAAAUGGAAAUGAAGUUGUGAAUGAUGAAUUCUUUAAAACAAGUUCUAAUUUUGGGGCGCAAAUUGUACAGGAGAAAAAGAGACGACUUCCUUCAGCAGGUAAGAACUCAGCCAAGACAGUUCUGACUGCUGCUGCUACUGAUACUGCUGGCUGUCAUCGUGAUUCCAUUCUCUCAUUGGCUUCUGUCAAACUCAAUCAAAGACUCUUAAUAUCAAGCAGUAGAGAUGGAGCUAUCAAGGUCUGGAAGUGAAUAAACAAACUGUAAAAGUCUUAUUUGACCUCGUGUAUAUAAUUUAGUCAGUUGAAGUUGUACAUAUAUAUAUCUCGCCUCUAAUAAAGCUUUUGAUUAGGCACAAAUAUACCUCAUAUCAACUAUAUGGGCAUAUUUUAUUUAGCUCAUUUUGUACAGUUUGGAAGGAUAUAGGUUUUUACAUUUUUUAUUAUUUAUAAAAAUCCUCUCGUUAUAUUGCUUCA